AUGACAACGAAGAAUCCCAGGGCAGGCUGGGAGAAGAUCGACAAUCAAUUUUACCGCAAAUUCCAGCUCUACGAACAGGUCUUCGAUCCUGAUUUGGAACUCGAGAACUAUCUCAUCGCAGGGGCACCAUACUCAGGAGCUCUAGCGCUAUGGAGGGAUGAAUCCAAGAUCGCGCGAUACCGUGUCGGAGCGUCGACGAAAUCAACCAUUGACAUAUAUUCCUCCUCCGGCCAACUGAUCAGCAACAUCAACUGGGACAAAGGCUCGAUCCGUGGUCUGGGGUGGUCAGAUGACGAGCAGCUAAUCGUUGUGACCGAAGAUGGCGCUGUCAGAUGCUACUUUGGACUGCGAGAAGAUUUCAAUCCUUUCUCACUGGGCAACGGUGCCGAGGAGUACGGCGUCGUGUCGUGUCGGUUCUGGUCGCACGGAUUCGUGGCGUUGCUUGCCAAUAAUAGCCUCAUAUCUGUUUCGUCCUUCUCUGAGCCUAGGCCGAAGCAGUUAGCUGCAGCUCCAGAGGGGGAGGUCCACUCGUGGUCUCUCAUUCCGCCUGCAUAUACGCUCUCACGGUCAGUCGAAGUGCUGUUGGCUGUCGAUAAGACCAUUUUUGUCGUCGAUGCUACAGAUUCCGAGGAUCGAGGACUCAGUGAGGGAGCCUUCAGACAUAUCUCUGUUUCUCCAAAUGGCAGGUUCGCAGCACUCUACACAGAAGAUGGCAAAGUGUGGGUUGUGGGGAGCGACUUUCAGAACAAGUACAGCGAGUACGACUCAAAAGUGAAGACCCCUCCAGCACAGCUCUUCUGGUGCGGCAAUGACGCGGUCAUACUUGCGUGGGAGGACGAGAUACACGUUGUUGGUCCUAAUGGCGCAGCAACGAAGUACUACUAUGAUGACCAAGUUCACGUCAUUCCAGACGUCGACGGUGUCCGGUUGAUAACGAACCAGAGCUGCGAGUUCCUCCACAAAGUGCCUGAUGCAUCGGAGGAAGUCUUCAAGGUUGGUUCAACUGCGCCGCCAUCGGUACUCCUUGAUUCGAUUGGCCUGCUGGAACAAAAAUCGCCUAAGGCCGACGAGAACAUACAACGGAUUAAGCAUAGUCUGCCUGACGCUGUCGAAACUUGUAUCCGUGCAGCCGGACAAGAAUUCGAUCAGGGACUGCAAAAGCAGCUACUUCGCGCAGCGUCCUUUGGCAAGUCAGUCUUGGACUUGUACAGCAGCGACGAGUUCGUUGACAUGAUCAACGACCUGCGGGUGCUGAACGCCGUCCGCGAUUACAAGAUCGGGCUUCCGAUAUCCUAUGAGCAGUAUAUCAGACUUGGACCUGAGCGACUCAUAACUCGUCUCAUCAACCGUCGGGAGUAUCUUCUAGCAAUGAAGCUGUCUGAAUUCUUAAAUCUGCCCCUGAACAAAAUCUAUGUCCACUGGGCCAGCCAAAAGGUGAAGAAUUCUGCUGGGGAUGACGAGUCAAUACAUAACACCAUCACAGAGCGUCUGAGAGGCAAGUCAGGCGUCUCCUUCGAGACGAUUGCACGGACAGCAUAUGAUGAGGGACGUGGUCAUCUCGCUACUGACCUACUCAAUCACGAGCCUCGUGCCGGCAAGCAGGUUCCGCUGCUGCUGAACAUGGAAGAGGACGAGAUCGCCCUGAGCAAGGCCAUCGAGUCUGGAGAUACCGAUCUUGUAUUUUUCGUCCUUCUGCAUCUACGGCAGAAGCUGCCUCUGGCUGCCUUCUUCCGCAGCCUUCACGAUCGGCCCCUUGCAGCUGCACUCGUCGAGUCCUCCGCGAGAGCCAAGGACAGCGAAUUGCUCAAGGACCUAUAUUACCAAGACGACCGACCCAUAGAAGGCUCCAACCUCCUUCUUGACGAAGCGAUGCGCCAGCCGCAGGUCCAAGCCGCCGUAGACAAGCUCAAACUCGCAGCUCGAGUGCUCGCCGAUGCGAAAGAUCCUAACGCUGUCUUCCAGACCAGAGCUCUGAACGAGGCACAACAGCUGUUGAAGGCGCAAGAGGUGUUCGACAAGGACGUGUCAGACAGCUCGGACAGCUACUUGGGUCUCAGCGUAAAUGACACACUGUUCCGGCUCAUACAGUCUGGUUAUGGCAAGCGAGCAGCAAAGUUGCAGAGCGACUUCAAGGUUCCGGACAAGACGUGGUGGUGGGUGAGACUUCGUGCGCUUGUUGCUGCAAGAUUAUGGGGCGAGCUGGAGGAGGUCGGGAAGGUGAAGAAGAGUCCUAUUGGGUGGGAGCCUUUCUACAGCGAAGUCCUCGGUGCGGGCAACACUCGCCUCGCCUCGACCUUCAUUCCAAAGUGCACAAAUGUGCCUGCCUCCGAGAGGGUCGAGAUGUGGGUGAAAUGUGGUAUGGUUGUCAGAGCCGGAGAAGAGGCGCUGAAGGCCAAAGACCUCAAUGCUCUCGAACUGCUUCGUUCAAAGGCCACUGGCCAGCAAGCGGGCGAGAUCGAGCGGAUGAUCAACCAGCUACGACCACGGAAAUAA